GUGGGAACCCACCAUAGACGAUUGAUCGGCCAACAUCGUAAAGAAAGUCUUUUUUUCUUCUGUCUCUCUCUUCCUCUUUCUGUUUCUUGCAACACACAGUAGUAAAUUCUAAGUGUGUGAAGGGUGUUCUCCAUACUACUAUAUAUUCAUGUGCUCACAUGGUUUCCCUUUGAGGAGAGAUCAAGAAGAAAGUUACCAAAGCCACUCGCUUUUUAAGCUUUCUUGCCUUUGUUUUUCCCUUUGUUACUGUUACUACUUUUAAGAACUUUCCAAUAAGAGCAUCACAACGGCUACGACUGCAAGGACGAGUAAAGAAACUGGUCCAGGAUCCAUCAUGCCUCAAAACUGCAUAGCUCCAAGGCCUGAAGAAAAUGGCCAAGUCAUGGUACAAAGUUUGGCAGAUAUGUCAGAAACACAGAGCAAGCCUGUAUUAGCCUUCCCUGUGGUCACUUCACAACCUGGUCUCCAGCUUUCCAUGUACCCCAUAACUCUCAAGUUUGAGGAGGUUGUGUACAAGGUCAAAAUAGAGGAGACAAGUCAGUGUUUAGGAUCAUGGAGCUGCAAAGAGAAGACGAUUCUAAAUGGGAUAACGGGAAUGGUUUGUCCAGGAGAGAUCCUAGCCAUGUUAGGUCCAUCAGGCAGUGGCAAAACCACUCUUCUCUCAGCUCUCGGGGGCCGCCUCGCCAAAACUUUCUCAGGUAAAGUCAUGUACAACGGUCAGCCUUUCUCUGGCUGCAUCAAGCGCAGAACAGGUUUCGUUGCUCAGGACGAUGUCCUGUACCCUCACCUCACGGUUUGGGAGACUCUCUUCUUCACCGCACUUCUACGGCUACCAAGCACCUUGACCAGAGACGAGAAGGCUGAGCAUGUGGACCGAGUCAUCGCUGAACUCGGGUUGACUCGGUGUACAAACAGCAUGAUAGGAGGGCCACUCUUCAGAGGAAUAUCAGGAGGGGAGAAGAAAAGGGUUAGCAUUGGCCAAGAAAUGCUGAUCAAUCCUAGCUUGCUCCUUCUUGAUGAACCCACUUCAGGUCUUGAUUCGACCACUGCUCAUCGCAUCGUGACCACAAUCAAACGCCUGGCUUCUGGUGGAAGAACAGUCGUCACAACCAUUCAUCAGCCAUCAAGCCGCAUAUACCAUAUGUUUGACAAAGUGGUUUUGCUGUCUGAAGGAAGUCCUAUCUACUAUGGCCCUGCUUCUUCUGCUGUGGAAUAUUUCAGCUCUGUUGGAUUCUCCACUUCCUUGACAGUUAACCCAGCUGACCUUUUACUUGACCUUGCAAACGGAAUCCCACCUGAUUCUCAAAAGGAGACUUCAGAACAAGAACAGAAGACAGUAAAAGAAACCCUUGUUGCAGCUUAUGAGAAGAACAUUUCUACUAAACUGAAAGCUGAAAUCUGCAAUGCGGAUACCCAUAGCUAUGAGUACACAAAAGCUGCUGCAAAAAACCUCAAGUCAGAACAAUGGUGCACGACUUGGUGGUACCAGUUCACCGUAUUGCUCCAAAGAGGUGUCAGAGAGAGGAGAUUCGAAUCUUUCAACAAGCUCAGGAUUUUCCAAGUCAUCAGCGUUGCUUUUCUUGGUGGCCUCCUAUGGUGGCACACUCCAAAAUCUCACAUUCAAGAUAGAACUGCUUUGCUCUUCUUCUUCUCAGUCUUUUGGGGGUUUUACCCGCUAUACAACGCGGUUUUCACAUUUCCUCAAGAGAAAAGAAUGCUAAUCAAGGAGAGAUCUUCCGGAAUGUACCGUCUUUCCUCCUAUUUCAUGGCAAGAAACGUCGGAGACCUGCCCUUGGAACUCGCCCUUCCAACAGCUUUCGUGUUCAUAAUCUACUGGAUGGGCGGGCUUAAACCCGACCCGACAACGUUCAUCCUCUCACUACUGGUCGUCCUCUACUCCGUCCUCGUUGCUCAAGGUCUUGGCUUAGCUUUCGGGGCUCUGCUUAUGAACAUCAAGCAAGCCACAACGUUAGCAUCUGUCACCACACUCGUGUUUCUCAUAGCCGGAGGGUAUUACGUGCAGCAGAUCCCUCCCUUCAUCGUAUGGCUCAAGUACCUAAGCUACAGCUACUACUGCUAUAAGCUGCUUUUGGGUAUUCAAUACACUGAUGACGACUACUACGAGUGCUCAAAGGGAGUCUGGUGCAGAGUUGGAGAUUUCCCAGCAAUCAAAUCAAUGGGACUGAACAAUCUAUGGAUAGACGUUUUCGUUAUGGGAGUGAUGCUUGUGGGUUAUCGGCUCAUAGCCUACAUGGCACUGCAUCGAGUGAAGUUGAGGUAAAAAAAAAAGUGGUAACAGCUAGUUUUAACCUCAAGAAGAAACUCCACUGCAAGCAAGGAAUAAUAAUAUUAGUAUUAGAAAAGAUUUAAAAAAGUCGUCGAAUUUUGGUCGAUUUUACUUACGUAUCCGAUAUAUAUAUAUCCGACGACUUUCUUUUGUUUUAGGAUAGAUGAUGAUAAAUACUCCUAAGUUGAGAAUAAAACAGUGAGAGAUAAUGUAAUGAGAUAAGAAAGGGGAAGCCAAGUAAGUAUAUACGAAUUCCCCAUUUGCAGAAUAGUGAUAACGAAAGUGACUAAACUUUCGGUCCACUCUCUCUUCUCCCUUGUAAGAUGAGUGUUUGUAUCUUUGUGGGGUUCCUUAAAAAAAACAUUUCGGUCCACUCUUUAUACCUUACUAUAGUCACCUGCAAGUGCAUCAAGUGGUAAAAAAAAUCAAUGAGAUGUAUGUAUCAGUAUCAG